UUAAUAAAUUAAACAAAUAUAAUUUUAUCUUGAUCUAAAUAGCUAAUACAAUGGUUGAUCCGAAACAAGUGCCCAACAUUAAGCUGAACAAUGGUCUGUCUAUACCGGUGGUCGGUUUAGGCACGUGGCAGUCGGCCCCCGACGGCAGCCUUUAUAAGGCGGUGCGGGCGGCCAUCGAUGCGGGCUAUCGGCACAUAGACUGCGCCUACGCCUACCAGAACGAGGAGGAGGUGGGGAAGGCUAUCAACGAUGCCAUCAAAGAGGGAAAGGUGAAACGGGAGGAUUUAUACAUCGUGUCCAAACUGUGGCUGACCUUUUUCAAACGCGACAGAGUGCAGGUGUGCGUCAAACGCAUUCUGGCCAAACUGAACACACCUUACCUGGACCUGUGUCUCAUGCAUUGGCCCAUGAGUUUUGGUCAGGUGGACGAAGAUCUGGUGCCUACCGGUGCCGAUGGCAAAGUGGUUGACGGGAAGGUUGACUAUCUGGAGGCCUGGGAGGGAUUGCAGGACGCUGUAGGCGCCGGACUCGUUAAGUCGAUCGGUAUAUCCAAUUUCAACUCAAUCCAAAUCGAGCGCCUAUUGACCAAGGCAACUAUUAAGCCGGUUACUAACCAGGUGGAAGUGCACCCGUAUUUGGCCCAAACUAAGUUGAAAAAGUUUUGCGAAGAUCGUGGUAUUACACUAACCGCGUAUUCGCCCCUGGGCAAUCCGGGCUCACAGGUUAACACCGCCUCCGACAAGGAUAAGCUGCUAAAGGAUCCGGUGGUAAACCGUUUGGCCACUAAAUAUAAGAAGAAUGUGGGACAGAUUCUGCUUAAAUUUGAGGCCCAACGUGGUGUAAUCGUGAUCCCGAAAUCAGUGAGCGUCGACCGAAUUAAGUCAAACAUCCAGAUAUUCGACUUCGAGCUAACACAGGCCGAGAUCUCGGAGUUGGAGGCUUUGGACCGAAACUACCGGAGCUGUGUGUUCGACGUGAACGGCAUUCCCGGUCAUCCCUCUAAACAAGUGCCAAAUAUUCAACUCAAUAACGGUUUGUCUAUACCGGUGGUCGGUUUGGGUACUUUUCGGUCAGCUCCCGACGGCAGCCUCUAUGCGACUGUGCGGGCGGCCAUCGAUGCGGGCUAUCGGCACAUAGACUGCGCCUACGCCUACCAGAACGAGGAGGAGGUGGGGAAGGCUAUCAACGAUGCCAUCAAAGAGGGAAAGGUAAAACGCGAGGAGCUGUACAUAGUGUCCAAAGUGUGGCUAACAUUUUUCAAACGCGACCGAGUUCAAGUAUGCGUCAAACGCAUUCUGGCCGAACUGAACACACCUUAUCUGGACCUGUGUCUCAUGCAUUGGCCCAUGAGUUUUGGUCAGGCCUGGGAGGGUCUGGAGGAUACGGUACGCGCCGGUCUCGUUAGGUCUAUCGGAAUAUCCAAUUUCAACUCAAUCCAGAUCAAGCGCCUGUUGACUAAGGCCACUAUUAGGCCGGUCACAAACCAGGUGGAAGUGCACCCUUAUUUAGCGCAAACUAAAUUGAAAAAGUUUUGCGUUGAUCGUGGUAUUACACUUACGGCAUUUUCACCUCUCGGCAGUCCCACCUCACCAUAUAAUGCCGCACCCGAUAAGGAUAAGUUAUUAAAGGACCAGGUGGUUAACAGGUUGGGCACAAAAUAUAAUAAAAAUGCUGCCCAGAUUCUCAUUAAAUUUCAGACCCAACGUGGUAUAAUUGUAAUCCCGAAAUCUGUGUCCGUCGACCGAAUUAAGUCAAACAUUGAGAUAUUCGACUUCGAGCUAACACAGGCCGAGAUCUCGGAGUUGGAGGCUUUGGACCGAAACUACCGGAGCUGUCUAUUCAACGCAUUUGGUGUCCCGUCUCUACCCAACUAUCCCUUCAAAGACAACAUUCCCUUC